CCUAAAAAACUGCACCUUUCAUUUGGUGAAACUCGUUAAGCAAACGUCAGUUGUCGUUGUAAAACAUUGUAAAUAUCCGUACAAAAACUGUUCAAAGUGUUUAAAAAAAUAGUUAAUUGGUAGUUCCAGAUACUACUGCAGCCAAAUCUGAGGCCUAAAACAUAUCGAAAAGUCUAAAAAAAUGCCAAAAUACUACUGCGACUAUUGUGAUACCUAUUUGACACACGACUCACCAAGUGUAAGAAAAACUCAUUGCCAGGGGCGAAAGCAUAAAGAUAAUGUGAAAUAUUUCUACCAAAAAUGGAUGGAAGAGCAAGCUCAGCAACUUAUCGAUGCCACAACGGCAGCAUUUAAGGCUGGAAAAAUAGCCUCAAAUCCCUUCGCUGCCAGUAAAGGUGCGGCAAUUCCACCGCCCCCAAAUCUUGGACCGCGACCUGGACCUGGUAUGCCACAGGGUCCUCCAAUGAUGCCUCCUCCGGGAAUGCAUCCUGGAGGUCCAAUGAUGAUGGGGCCUCAUGGACCAAUGCAUCCUCCGAUGAUGGGAUUGCGACCACCGAUGAUGGGGCCCAUGGGACCAAUGGGACCCAUGAUGGGACCAAUGGGACAUAUGAGACCGCCACCGAUGUCCCAACCACCUCCAAUGAAAAAAUGAGUGUCUUGUGUGCUUUUCAAUUUAGUGCAAAAAAAGAUCAUUGUAAAUAAUGCGAGUUUAAUAUUGGUGUUCUUAUAACUGUGCAAAAACGUCUAUGAAUAUUAUUUACUGUGUGGAUGAUUAUUGUUUUCUGUUUACUAAUAAAUGUGUUGAUUUUUAA